AAAAAGAAAUAUGUCUAAUCCUCGUAUUGCAACCUUUUUUAUUACAAGUUCAACAUUGUUGUGGGCUUGUUCACUAGCAACAACUGUUACGUAUGAUUCAAAUGCCAUCGUCAUCAAUGGAGAACGAAAAAUAAUAAUGUCAGGAGCAAUUCACUAUCCACGAAGCACUUCACAAAUGUGGCCAUACCUUAUUCAAAAUGCCCAAGAUGGUGGUCUUGAUGCCAUUGAAACAUAUAUAUUCUGGGACAUUCAUGAGCCUGUUCGUCGCCAAUAUGAUUUUUCUGGAGAUCUAGACUUCAUCAAGUUUUUAAAAAACGUUCAAGAAGCUGGGCUAUAUGUUGUGCUGCGAAUUGGUCCUUAUGUAUGUGCUGAAUGGAACUAUGGAGGUUUCCCAAUGUGGUUACAUAACUUACCAGGUAUUCAACUAAGGACAGACAAUGCAGUUUUUAAGGAGGAAAUGCAGAUCUUCACAACAAAGAUAGUGAACAUGUGCAAAGAAGCAGGAUUAUUUGCACCACAAGGGGGGCCAAUUAUUUUUGCUCAAAUAGAGAACGAAUAUGGAGAUGUCAUUGAGAAAUAUGGAGAAGCAGGAAAUUCAUACAUUAAAUGGUGUGCCCAAAUGGCUGUAUCUCAGAACAUCGGUGUCCCGUGGAUCAUGUGCAAGCAUGUCAAUGCCCCAUCUCCUAUGAUCAAUACUUGCAAUGGGUACUAUUGUGACGAUUUUGAGCCAAACAAUCCUAAGUUCCCCAAGAUGUUUACUGAGAAUUGGGUUGGUUGGUUCCAAAAAUGGGGUGAAAGGAAGCCACAUAGAACUGCUGAGGACGUAGCAUUUUCAGUUGCACGUUUCUUUCAAAGAGGUGGGGUCUUCCAAAAUUACUACAUGUAUCAUGGAGGAACAAAUUUUGGGCGAACUGCAGGUGGUCCAUAUAUAAUAACCGCUUAUGAUUAUGAUGCACCACUUGAUGAAUAUGGUAAUCUAAAUCAACCCAAAUGGGGACAUCUUAAAGACCUCCAUGAAGCCUUAAAAAAAGGAGAGAAGAUUCUCACGAAUGGCUCAGUUAGUGAGAAGAAAUAUGGAAAUUCAAUAUACUUGACAACUUAUGCAAACAAUGCCACUAGAGAAAGAUUUUGCUUCUUAAGCAAUUCUGACGAUUCUAAAGAUGCUCAAGUUGAUCUACAAAAUGAUGGAAAGUACAAUGUUCCAGCAUGGUCAGUAUCUAUUCUCCAAGAUUGCAACAAGGAGGUUUUCAACACUGCAAAAGUUAAUGCCCAAACUAAUAUUUAUGUUAAGAAACAAGCUAAAAAUGGAAACCUUCUCAACUGGAAUUGGAUAGAAGAAUCAAUGGAUGACACCCUUAAAGGUCAAGGGACAUUUAAAGCUCCUAAACUUUUAGAGCAAAAAGGAGUUACUCUUGAUUCUAGUGAUUACUUGUGGUACAUGACCGAAGUUAUCAUCAAUGAGACCUCAUCUUGGGAAAAUGCAACUUUGCAAGUGAACACAACUGGUCAUGUUCUUCAUGCCUAUGUUAAUGGGCAGUAUAUUGGUGGACAAUGGGGAACGUAUGACAACCUUAAUUUUACGUAUCAAAAGCCUAUUGCUUUGCGUCAAGGGACCAAUGUCAUAAGUUUAUUAAGCGGAACAGUUGGGUUUGCAAACUACGGUGCAUUCUUCGAUAUGAAAGAUGAGGGUAUCGUAGGAGGUCCUGUAAAGCUCAUUGGAAGCAACCUAAAUAAUACUUUGGAUUUAUCAACAUAUAGUUGGUCUUACAAGGUCGGGUUAAAUGGUGAAACUCGAAGGUUCUUUGACCCUAAGCUCAUUAAUGGAGUUCAAUGGAAAAAAAAUAAUGUUCCUAAUGGAAGACCAAUGACCUGGUACAUGACAAACUUUGAAACCCCUGAAGGUACAGACUCUAUGGUCUUAGAUUUGAAAGGCCUUGGAAAAGGACAAGGAUGGGUUAAUGGGAAAAGCAUUGGACGAUAUUGGCCUACAAUGGUGGCUGAAAAAACUGGGUGCAGUGACACAUGUGAUUACAAAGGUAAUUAUGGGCCUGAGCAAUGUGAAAGUGGGUGUGGAGAACCAUCUCAACGGUUUUACCAUGUGCCAAGAUCAUUUUUAAAUCAAAAAAGUAACACAUUGAUUUUGUUUGAGGAAAUGGGUGGCAACCCAUUUAAUGUGUCAAUCCAAACUAUUGCACUUGGUCCUAUUUGUGGCACUACAAAUUUAGAAAGAACCUUAGAAUUAAAUUGCCAAGGUGGGAAAACUAUUUCAGAAAUUCAAUUUGCUAGCUAUGGGGAUCCUCAAGGAAAUUGUGGCUCAUUCAAAAAAGGUGGGUGGGAAUCAAGUGACAGUAUGACAGUGGUUGAAGGAGCGUGCAUUGGAAAACAAUCAUGCUCUAUCAAUGUGACAAGUUCUACAUUUAAAAUAACAAAGGGUGAGACUAAUGGUCGGCUAGCUGUGCAACUCCUUUGUGAUGGCUCUAAUCCUAACGAUGCUCGUGUUCAAAAAGUUAAGGCUUAGUGCUAAUUUUCUACCAUAGUAUUUUUUGACCUGCAAAACAUGUAGUAAUCCUUCGUUAUUGUAGAAUACUCUUUUUUCUAUUUUUCAUUUGAAUUGAUAAAUGAUCAAUUUAUGUUUUAAUUUU